CUCUCAUCUCACAUCUUAUGAUUAUUUUUGUUUCUAUAUAUACCAUUUAUUUGUCUUCAGAAUCACACUACACCAAUUGGCUGGCCAAAUGAAAAAAUAGUAUCUUCAGUUGAGCUUUCAAUUUUCAUCUUAUUCAUAAGCAGCCAAGUUUUGAAGGACAGACAAUGAACAUAGAAGUGGGAAAUCACGGUGGUAAUUCAACCAAAAUUCCAACAAAUGUGGAAUCAGAGCAAGGUUGGAAAAAGGUAUUAUUAGAAAAAAUAUGGAGUUGGUUGAAACACAAAGACAAGGAUGAAUGGUUAAAGGAUAUGAGAGGAAACUUGAGUUUAGUAGCAACAGUCAUCGCAACAAUGACAUUUCAAAUGGCUUUAAAUCCACCCGGUGGCGUUAGGCCAGCUAAAGACGACGGAGAUAACAACGCAGAUGAUAUAGCAUGUUCAAAUCAAUCUAACGUUACUUUGGCCGUAUGUCCAGGUGAAGCUGUCUUAGCCGUUAUAUUUUCAGAUCAAUAUAAGGAUUUCCUUAGAUGGAACACAAUAUGUUUCAUUGCAUCGCUAAGUGUUUUACAUGUGCUUGUGAGUGGAAUAAGUUUGAAUCAUAGGUUUCCUAUGUGGAUUUUAUCAAUAGGGAUGUGUUUCACUGUCACAAGUCUUGCUAUUACUUACAUAAACGCAGUAUCGAUGGUUACACCAGAUCCUGUUUGGAAAUCAGCUAAGGAUUUUCAAAAGAAGUUAGUUUGGGUUUGGAUUGGAUUGAUGUCUUUCUUGGCUUUUCUCCACACACUACGUCUCAUUAUUUGGGUUUUUUACAUCAGAAAAUGUAAAGUAUUGGCAACCACUCCAAACAUUGCAAGGAAGAAUGUUUCACCAGCUUGAUUUGAUCUUACAGUCUUUAAUUAUUUCUAAUAAGCAAAUGUUAGUGGUUAUAGUAUUUGUAGUAGAGGAUCAAACCAUGUAUGAUCUCCUACUCGUCUCAACACAAACCACUUCAUUUCGAAUGUAUUUGUGUGUCGUCUUUUAAUUUUGCGAGUAUCUGUGUGUAAGGUUGUCUUUUAUAAGUGAAAUAAGUAUGUUGAAAUUUUAA